AGCAGUAAGGACCACGGGUGCCAUGGAUGAGGGGACGGAGCUGGAGAUGGGGGGGAACUCUCUCCUGAAGGCAGUCUGGCUUGGCCGGCUCCGCCUGACCCGGCUGCUGCUGGAAGGGGGGGCUUACAUCAAUGAAAGUAAUGAGAAAGGGGAGACAGCCUUGAUGGUGGCCUGCAUCACCAAGCACAUCGACCAGCAGAGCAUUAACAAGGCCAAGAUGGUGAAGUACCUGCUGGACAACAGCGCUGAUCCCAACAUUCAGGACAAGUCUGGGAAAACAGCCCUCAUGCAUGCCUGCAUCUGUGGCGCAGGGGGGGAUGUGGUGUCCCUGCUGCUGGCCAACGGGGCAGACCCCAGCCUGGAGGACCACUCAGGAGCAUCAGCUCUGGUCCACGCCAUCAACGCUGAUGACAGAGAUGUGCUGCAGCACCUCCUCAAUGCCUGCAAAGCCCAAGGGAAGGAGGUGAUCAUCAUCACCAUGGACAAAUCUGCCUCUGGCACCAAGACCGCCAAGCAGUACCUGAACGUCCCCCCCUCGCUGGACUUCAAGGAGAAGCCCCUCCUUGAGGCGUGCACCUCACCCUCCAGUGCCCACCUGAAAACCCCCACCACGUCACCUUCUCCCACCCAGAAGGAGGCCAGCAUCUUUGCCUCCCAGACCGGGGUCAGCCCCUCGGGCAGGGUGGCUGAGGAGCCCCCAUCCCCGGGCCGCAGGGCCGGCAGAGCCCGCCUGCCCCAGCUGAAGCGGCUGCGAUCUGAGCCCUGGGGUCUGGUCGCCCCCUCGGUGCUGGCAGCCCCCGUGCACCGUGAUGACACACGGGUCUGCACUGACGAUGGAGUCAUCACGGGCAUCAGUGACCUCUCACUCUCCAAAAAGGGUCCCCUCACCCGAAGUAAGGACCCCGCUCUGUUCCCCCCUGUAGAAGAGCAGGCUCUGAGGGGGACAGCCAGGAAAACCACCCAUGAGAAGAACCAGCGCCUGCCCUGGAGGAGCAUGGUCCCUGGGGAGCCCCAGAACAUCAGCUCGGCCGCAGCCAUGGACACACUGCCCUGGCAGAGGCUGAGCACCGAGCACCACGACUGUGAUCCCCAGCCUCCCAGCCCGGCCGAGGUGGGGAAGGGGCCAUUAGAGAGGAGGAGGCUGAGCGGGUCCCACCUGGCAUCACUGGCGGCCUCACCCGAGCCCUUGCCCGGCACUGCCUGGCACCGCCCACCCAGUCUGCUGGAGAGGCGAGGGUCCGGGACCCUGCUGCUGGACCACAUCUCCCACACCAGGCCGGGUUGUCUGCCCCCCCUGAACAUCAACCCCAACCCCCCGAUCCCCGACAUAGGCUACAACAGCAAAACUUCCUCCCCCCUUGGCUUGAAGUCCCUGGUCCCCGUGGCCCCCAGCUCGCCCAGGCGGGGCGACUUGCGAGCCAAGAGGAAACUCCUGCGGAGGCACUCGGUGCACUCCGAGCAGAUGCGGCAGCUCUCCGACUUCGAGGAAAUAGUGGCCCAGUAGCCG